AGCGUCGCACUUGUAAUGUGAUGGUCAUCGGUUCGAUCCCGAUAGCUGGCUCGUUUUUAUUCUUUUCAUUUCUUCCAUUAUCAACGUUGAAAUCUAUGAAAUAAGGAAAAGACUCUUCCAUUUCUGAUCGCCGGUCCGCCGGGUCUGCCCUGGCAUAAUCUGUUUCAACUAGAAAUGAAUGAUUGAAACAUAUCUUUUUUUCUCUCUACAAUAGAAACAAAAUUGAAAAAUAAUUUGUUUCUCUAUUUCUAUAGAAAAUAAUUCCAAUAUUCGUACUCUUUAUAUUAUUCCUCUUUCCAACAUUAUUUGUUCAUUUCUUGAAAUAAGGAGUUUUUUAUGUCUCGUUAUCGCGGACCUCGUUUAAAAAUAAUAAAUCGUCUCAAAACUUUACCAGGACUAAGUAAGAAAACACCCAAUAGAACGGAACAGCCUAGUAAAAAAAAACAUUCUAAACCUCCUAAACCUUCUAAAUAUCCUGUCCGUCUAAAAGAAAAACAAAGAUUACGUUUUCAUUAUGGACUUACAGAACGCCAAUUACUUCAAUAUGUUCGUAUUGCUAGAAGAGCCAAGGGAUCAACAGGUCAGGUUCUAUUGCAAUUACUUGAAAUGCGCUUGGAUAAUAUACUUUUUCGAUUGGGUAUGGCGCUUACCAUUCCUGAAGCCAGACAAUUAGUCAACCAUAGGCAUAUCCUGGUCAAUGAUCGUAUAGUAGAUAUACCAAGUUAUCGUUGCAAACCCCAAGAUUUUAUAUCUAUAAAGGAUAAACAAAGGUUGAGAGAUAGAAUUAAUAACAAUAUAGAUAUUUUUCAGAAGGAUAAGAUGAGGGUGCCACCCCAUUUAAAUCGUAUUAAAAAAAAGUCACAAUAUAGUGGAUUAGUUAAAAAAAUAAUAGAUAAUAACCGUAUCGGUUUGAAGAUUAAUGAAUUAUUGGUCGUAGAAUACUAUUCCCGUCGAGUUUAAAUUGGGAAUGAAAAGAAAGGAUCUCUGCGCAUCUGUCCCUCUGUAUGUUACAUGACAAUGUCAUUGUCAAUAAUACAUUGAUUGACGAAUUAUAUUUUUAAUAUUUCUUUUUUUCCUUUGCCAUACCUUUACUCUUUUUAUUUUCUCUAUCCCGAAAUAGAAGGAUAUUGCGGGAGGAUGAAAGCAUCUUAUUGGGUUUAGAUUCAUGAGAAAACGAUGCAAAAAAGACUAAGGCGAAUAUACGGAAAGAGAGGGAUUCGAACCCUCGGUAAACAGAAGCCUACAUAGCAGUUCCAAUGCUACGCCUUGAACCGCUCAGCCAUCUUUCCUAUACGAUCUCUUCAUUUGUCGACAAAAUGAAAAGAACAAGUUUUAUUAUGUGAUAACUUACUUUUGCAUAAGUAAAGUAUUUAUGAAAUCUGGCAUAAAGACAAAAGAGUAUUUUACCACACUCCUUCUUUUCUUCUUAUUUCAAGAUAUUUUAUCUUAUUCGGGGUUUUAUUGCCGAUCCAAUUGUGAAAUUAAGCCAGAUCUAUUGAUCCAGAAUGAUCCUAUAUAUACAUAUAUUAUGAAUCAUUUUUCGGUAAGAAUGAAUGGUACAAAUUAUAUCAUAAUGACUAUACUCAAUAUAUUCUAUGUUUUAGAAUAAGUAUGAACACACACGAUCCUGAUUUUAUCAAAAAGCAGAAAAUUGACUCUUCACCAAUUUACCGUUUACUUGCUCGUUUGAUCCUUGGGAUCAUGAGCAAACGAGUGCGAUAUUUCUUAAAUUUGCAUAUAUAGAUAUAAACAUUGUCUAAAAUUCAAUUUAUUGUUCAUCAAUAAAUUGAAUGAA